CCUUUCCGCAAUUCAUCCAUUUCCAUUCUUGGCACCAUGGUUGUGAUCAACGUUAAGCUGAGCGAGACGGAAGCAUUCCUCUUUGAAACUACAUGCAGCACCUCAAACGACACGCUGGUUCGAGAGCUCGUGCAUGUGCACAACGCUCGUGUGCGCCUCGCGAGCUUGGCGUCGCACACACAGAGCCUCUUCCAGCACGGCGUGGCGAAGCAUCCGCAAGAGCACGGGCUAGACUCGUAUGCGUCGACGCCGAUUCAAAAGGCCGAGUUCUACGAGGAAGAUCCAUUGGGCCAGCGCACUGGAAAUGGGGUGUGCGCAUCACUCCGGGAGACGCUGACACGCAUGGUGGCCGACGUGAACCAGUACUUGAAGUCGAACGGGCGCGUCGCGAUAUCUCAAAACGUGUUGCAGGAGAAGCUGGACAACUUUCGCGGGCUCGUCAUGAUGGGUUUUCCUAUGGGACUCCCUGAAUACGACGUCGUGCAACUGCUUUUGGACGGCAGGGACGAGGAAGCCCUCGGUGGCACCCAGAGCGGCAUGGACAUCCUGAACGCGGACACGGCCGAGUUGUGGUGGGCCGGGAAGCAAUUUUUCCGCGACGAAACCGUGGGGGACCGCGUGGGCAAGAACGAAAAGACCAAAGUGAUUGCCAAGCUCACCAAGAAAGCCAACGGCGCGCCCCAGCGCGAACCAGCGGUGUCCGAGGACGAACGCAAGGCCAUGAUGGCGCACUACUUUAAGAAGCAAGAAGAACUCAAGAAACUGGCAGAUGAAGACGACGACGCGUACCUACAUUCGUCGUGGGCGAACCCGUCACAGCUGAAAAAUAGCUUGCGGGGCACCAACAACAUUCGCCCGUUUUAAAUACUAGUCACGGCGUCAUACUGUAGCUAUUAAUACCUAACGUUACCUCGGGAAUAACAUUGAGGCGAUUGUAUGGUCGUUAAACUGUC